CGAAGGAAAGCAGUGAAGAAAAAAAAGGAAGGGACACAAGGAAAGCAGUGAAGAGAAAAAAAGGAAAGGGAAACAAGAACUGGAAGUGCGAGAGAGAUGCCGGAGCUGCCGGAGGUGGAGGCGGCGCGACUGGCGCUGGAGGAGCACUGCGUUGGGAAGAGGAUCGUGCGGUGUUCCGCCGCGGAUGACACCAAGGUCAUCGACGGCAUCGCUCCGUCGCAGCUGGAGGCGGCGCUGGUCGGGAGGACCAUCGCCGCCGCACGGCGCAAGGGCAAGAACCUAUGGCUCGUGCUGGACUCGCCGCCUUUCCCUUCCUUCCAGUUCGGAAUGGCAGGAGCUAUUUACAUCAAGGGUGUGGAGCUGAGUAAAUAUAAAAGGUCUGCAGUGAGCCCAACUGAGGAAUGGCCUUCAAAGUACUCCAAACUGUUUGUUGAAUUAGAUGAUGGCUUGGAGUUUUCCUUCACAGAUAAGAGGCGUUUUGCAAAAAUACGAUUGCUUGACAAUCCAGAAGCCAUCCCUCCAAUUUCGGAGCUAGGACCAGAUGCCUUAUUUGAUCCAAUGCAGCUUGAUGAUUUUGUGCAAUCUUUAGGUAGAAAGAAUGUGCCAAUAAAAUCCCUUUUGCUUGAUCAGAGCAUUAUGUCAGGAAUUGGCAACUGGAUUGCAGAUGAGGUGCUUUAUCUGGCGAGGAUCCAUCCUAUGCAAACUGCAUCGAAGAUAUCGAAGGAGAAAUACAAGGCACUCCAUCGGUGUAUUAAAGAGGUGAUUGAAAAGUCUGUUGAAGUUGGUGCUGAUAGCAGUGAAUUUCCACAAGACUGGAUAUUUCAUUCUAGGGAGAAGAAACCCGGCAAGGCCUUUGUGGAUGGGAAGAAAAUUGACUUCAUUACAGUAGGUGGUAGGACUUCGGCGUAUGUUCCGGAGCUGCAGAUGUUGGAUGGGGCUGAUGCAGUCGCAGAAAACAGAUGUAAGAGAAGGAAAGAGAAACUAGAGAAAAAAGAUGAUACAACUUUGAAGAAAGGCCCAAGGGCUCCAAAAGAAAAUAAAAAGACUGCGAAGGCAAUGACUGUUGAUGACGAGGAGGAAGAUAAUCCAGUAAAGCAAAGGGCAAAAGCAGCAAAACCCACCAAGAGGGGAAGGAAGCCAAUGCAAGUAGCAAAAGCAUCAUCUAAUAAGGCUGUAAGUAGUAGUACUCACGACAAUGAAGCCGACGAGGAGGAUCAAGAUGACGAGGAAGCUUCGAAACCAGCAAAGAGGGGAAGGAAGCAACCAGCGACGGGCUCAUCAAACAAAGAUGAUUGUUCUCCAGAUACUGGUAACGAUGGCAAGGUAGAGGCAAAGCCAGGGAAGAGGAGGGGUCAGAAGCAGCCAGCAGCGGAGGUAAAGAGCUUGCCAGACAAUGAAGAGACUGCCGUCCCAGCAAAGAGGCCACAAAGGAAGAAGCGGUAAAGAGUGGAGACUAGGUUGAACUUCUCCGGGGCGUGUGAAAUUAUCUUUAGCUAGUAGCUGUUGUGGUGCACUGCAGAAUUGGUAGAUAACUUCCAGGCAGGAAGCCUGAACUUCUGCUUGGUCCUUGAUCGAAGCCAAAUCGUGGCCCGUUUGUUGUUUAUAAUCAGAUCGAAGCUUCUGGUUUUCACGUGUGAGAUGUGAAACUUAGCUGUGAAUAUGUCAUCUCCAUUUUGGCUGCUGAA